AUGGCACAGCACGGGCCGAGCGUCACGCUAUCCCUCACGCUGCCGAUCACCUGCCACAUCUGCCUGGGCAAAGUCCGUCACCCAGUUAUCUGUGUGAACAACCAUGUCUUCUGUUCCAUUUGUAUUGAAGUGUGGCUGAAGAACAAUAAUCAGUGCCCAGCUUGCAGGAUUCCCAUCACACCUGAAAACCCCUGCAAGGAAAUUAUAGGAGGAACAAGUGAAAGUGAUCCUUUAUUUAGUCCGGCAGUCAGGAAACACCUACGUAAAACAAGGCUUGAAUUGCUCCACAAAGAAUAUGAGGAUGAAAUAGAGUCCCUGCAAAAAGAAGUAGAAGAUCUGAGAGGUAAAAAUCUCAGUUUACAGACACAGCUGAAAUCUCUUCUGGAUCCUGCAGCAUCAGCUUUGUCUUGCCAAAAUGAGGAAACUAGCCAGUCAGCAAAUGAAGCAAGUACCAGUGGCCCAGAAACACCAGAGGAAUGGAGCAAAAAGCUGAAAGCUGCCAAUGAUAUGUAUGAAAAACUGAUGGAUAAUGUGGAAAAGCUAAAGGAGGCAAAUAAGAAACUGAGCAUGGAAAACAAUAACCUUUUAAGAGAGAAUUUGCGACUAAAAGCUGAAGUUGAUAGUAGAUCACCCCAAAAGUUUGGUAGGUUUACAGUAGCUGCACUUCAGUCCAAAGUGGAACAAAGUGAACGUGAAAUGAACCGUCUGAAAAAGGCACUGGAAAGAAGUGAUAAAUACAUAGAAGAGAUGAAAUGUCAGCUUUUACAGCUGAAAAAUGCAGGCAAAGGAAGCCAAACAGUGAGUGCUGUUAGUGAGAGAGCACUUUCCACAGAUGCUGAAGGAGGUGAGAGCAGUGAAGAUGCAACUUCUUUGAAAACCCAAGUUGAAGAGAAAAAAGCUUUGAAUACCAGUCAAAGUCCUGACAGUCUUGAACAGCUGGCAAGUCGUGGAACUUGUUUAAUCUCUUCUAGUCAAGAUAGUUUGAAUUGCUCAAAUACCCAGUGUGCCACACAGAAAGAACUAUUUCCAGGAUGUCACAGGGUUGUCCUGGAUGAAAACAGUACAAAUAUGGAUGCCUGCUUAGAAGAGCAGUGGAGUAAAAUUGAGGAAUGUACCCCAUAUAAGGAUGAAGAACUUUAUGAUCUUCCACCACCGUGCACACCUUUUUUGUCUCUCAGUCGCCUUCAGUUGAACACUCCUGAUGGAAAAGAAAAUACAAGGAAACCAUCGACAUUCCUGAGAAAACUGAAAUUCGAAGAGUUUCGUGGAACUUCAGAUGGUGGCAGCAAAGCUUCUCCUGAACACAGCACAAGCAACUGUAAUAGUCAAAAGAAGCUAAACUGUUUUACUACAGGAAAAUCAGGGUUUUGGGGCACCUGCCCAACAAAUUUUGCUGAGAACUUAGAUUUUGAUGAAUCGGAGCAAAAUUCAGUAGCUGAUCAGUCAGAUGAGACAACAGCGAAGUCCAGUGAUAAAACAAGUACUUGCUUACCUAAAAGGCUACAUACUCUCUGCUCUUCAGAAAUGAAUCGCACAAGAACCUCCAGUGAGGCAUCUAUGGAUGCUGCCUACCUUGAUAAAAUUUCUGAGUUGGACUCAAUGAUGUCUGAGUCGGACAACAGCAAGAGCCCAUGCUAUAAUUUCAAGUCCUCUGACCUUGAUAAUUCUUCAAAGUCAACAGAGUGCCCUAAGCUUCUGAAUGGAACUGAGAAGAAACUGGAAGAAAUGAAUGAGGAACAGACAAUGAAGUGUCCAGAGACAAGCAAUCUAGCAACUGAUAGAACUGGCUGGAAACCUGUUAUGUUUUCCAACCUCUCCCCAUCUGACCUAGAUAUGAAUGACCACUUUCCACUGUUUACAGGCCAAAAUGCAGUGGCUAGUGGUAGCAAACCUCAAAACUCUUUAUUUCAAAGGGACUUUUCCCCAAGUGUACUGUUCAGUAACUCACAAAGGUUGUUUGAGGAACAAAAGCUUGGUUGCUGUUUUUUAAAGAUGUCAUCUGAUCUGCACAGUCAGCUUAGUCCUCCUUGGAUGUCUUCCUUUACAGCUGAAAGAAAAAAUAAAAAUGUCAGUCAGUCAACCAAGAGGAAAAUUCAAAGCAGCCUUUCCAGUGCUAGUCCAUCAAAAACCACCAAAAACUGACUCUACUUGAAAAUCAAACAUGAUUUAAAGUGAUAAAUCUGCAAAUGUGUAAUAUUUACAGGUGAACUGAAUUUUUAAUAACUUCCAUGCAAUCUGAUCCUCUCAUUUUCAGCUAUGUGAAAACCAAAUAUUCCCUUACCCAUUGCAAGCUAUUUCCUAGGGAAGAACCAUUCCAGAUUAUUUUCUUUGACUGGGCAUUUUAUGUACUUGGAAGUUUGGGGUUUUUGGAUGUUCUUUUGUUUUCAGAUUACAUGCUCUUCCAGUUGUGAGCACAGCUAAUGGCUCCCUUCAACAGGAAGUUCUAAGUGGACUUAGCAAAUCAGUCAUUCCUGUGAUAAUUAAAGGUUACAUUUCCUGUUCCUAAAGAUUGCAGUUUUUUGCGUGUAAGGCAGCUACUGGCUAUAUAUCCUAUGGAUUCAUGAAGUUGCUAUAAAACAAUGUCAGUUUUGCCAUAAAACUUUCCUCCCAGAGGAAAUGUUGCUGCUCAAACUGUUUCAUAACACUGUACUGUGCUGAAGCUCUUGUUUUCGGUGGGUGUAAGAUAGCAGCUUGUUUCUUUUUAGGGUUACAGCACUUCAGUUAGAAAACAUCUCUUCUUUAACACUGCAGUCAUGGUUUGUUUUUUUUUUUUUUUUUUGAAGUUAAGCACAAUUUUUAAUUUAGUUCCCAAAAAGCAUUGUUAUUCUAAGUGUGUUUAGUAUGCCUGUAUAGACAAUAAAAAUGGGUUUGUAUGCUAAUAACUUGUUUACCUAAUGUGCACUGAACAUCUUACAUUAAUACUGUACCAUUUCACAUUAAUACUGCAUGCUUUUCUAUGUGAAUUGAAUAAAACAUGUUAUAAGCACUGUAAUCCUUGAUGUUGCCUCAAA